GCAGAACAAAUUCUCUUCUUCCAAGCUUUGACCUACAUGUAGGUUACGCUAAGGUGCUGGAAAAUGGACAGCAGUUUGUUAUUUUUCGUUUUGGCUUUUGUCGGAUUAGCUCAGCUUGCUGAAGGUGACCGAGUGCGAUGCUUGGAGUGCAAUAGAGUGACCAAACCACAAGACUGCACAAAAGAUGUGAUAUGCGACGAGAGCGAGAUCUGUGUUUCUGAACAAUACAUCACAGAUCUCGGGCACACUCUGUACGACAUCGGCUGUAGGCUGACUUCUUCGUGUGCUGCAACUGGCUAUAAGGGACGACAACACCAGUCUAACCAGAUGCUGAUUGGUCGGAAGCGGCAGAACAUCGCUGCUCACCUGUGUAUAGAGUGUUGUGAUACAGACCUGUGCAACAAAAACCUGUGUGGGGGAACAGAUAACGGGAGACUGGAAUGCGUCCACUGCUCGGGUCUGCAGAACAUGACCUACUGUACACAGCUGGAAAUCUGUGAAUCAAACGAGGUGUGUUACAUCGAGAAGAAGAUCACAGACACCUACGGGCAGCAGUAUACGGCAGGCUGCGUUAAGAGGACGCAAUGUGAAGCAAAACAAGUCUCUAAGCGACAGUAUGACAACGUGGUGGACCUUUGCUUCAACUGCUGCAAUACGUCGGUCUGCAACAUCGAAUGUCAUAGAGCUGCAACACCAGCAGUAACAACAACGUUAACGACAACUGCUACUUCUACCCAAACUACAGCAACUACGCCAACUACAACAGCGCCUACUACAACCACUCCCACAACGUCUAAGUCAACCCAUACGCCAAGGCCUACGUCCAAGGUUACCCAUACGCCAAGGUCUACGUCCAAGGCUACCCAUACGCCAAGGCCUACGUCCAAGGUUACCCAUACGCCAAGGCCUACGUCAAAGGCUACCCAUACGCCAAGGCCUACGUCCAAGGUUACCCAUACUCCUAGGCCUACGUCAAAGGCUACUCAUACGCCAAGGCCUACGUCUACGUCUACUGCUAAGACGUCGCCUAUGCCGUCAACCAUCUGCCCAACGUUCCCGCCACUAGCAACAAUACAACCUCCCAAGAUCCUGAACAACGUCCUUGCGUCACUUGGAUGCAGUGGAAAGAAUGAUGUCGUGCUGCUGGUGGACAACUCGCACUCCGUCCAGGACGAGGACGCGCACCACUUCGAAAUGUUUGCCAGAGUGUUGUCAGCCACCUUAGAUAUUAGCCCGGAUAAGACCCGGCUGGGCUACACGUAUUUUGGUCAAAAUAUCUCGGACCUUAUCCAUUUGAAAUUUGGUGGUAACCGGGACAAUUUCUACAAUCGUCUUGCUCACGCAGAAGCGAGAUAUGGUACUUCAGGUGGGAAAGCAUCUCUUGGGGAAGGACUUCGACACAUCGACAGAGUCGUGUUUUCGCCAAGAAACGAAAGGCAAGGCGCAAAGAAGUACCUUGUGAUACUGACGAAAGAUGACUUACAUGACAUGCAGACUGCAUUGUCAGAAGCUACUGCACUGAAGAACAGAGGAGUGGAGAUAGUCCUCAUUGGAAUUGGGGAUUUUAUAGGUUUGACUGGAGACCUGGAAAAGAUAGUGACGAGUCCACACAAGACUCACAUGAUCAUUGACGAUUCCGUUGACGACCUUCAAUAUUCCCUGGAGGAUAUCUUCGUGAGUCGUUGCCGAGGUCAUACACCAACCGUGGCUCCAGAUCCAUGUGGCGGGCCCAAGCUUCUCAACUACCUUGGUUGUGGAGCCAAAGAGGACAUCGUACUGAUCCUAGACCAUUCUGGCAGCAUCACUGAAACUGACUGGAAGAAGAUGGUGGAGUUUACUCACAAGUUGGUGGACAACUUCAACGUAGCCCACGACGCAUCAGACAUCGGCGUGAUGACCUUCAACGACAAACUAACGGAGAUCGUCCCCCUUCACGCUUACAGCGACAAAGCCAGUCUGUUGCAUGCUAUGGAUACAGGGUUAAAUAGGGUCCUGGUACAUGGAGACACUUUUACCAAUCUGGCUUUAAACCAAACUCUCCAUUGGUUUCAUAGGGACAAGAGACAUGACGCUAUAAAGGUUGCAAUCAUUUUCACUGAUGGCGGUUCUCACAAGAAGUUUGAAACGUUCUCCACUGCCCUGGAUCUCCAUCAUAACAACGUCACCGUGUUUGUUGUGGGUAUCGGCGGGGAGGUUGACCUUUACGAGCAGAUGAUACUGGCCUCUGACCCGGAUGCAGAACAUAUGCUGAACGUCGGGGAUUACCAUAACCUGAUUAAGUACCUGGACUAUCUGCUGGCUGUCAGAUGUAGAGCUACAACACCAGCUACAACUACGCCAACGACAACUGCGCCUACUACAACCACUCCCACAACGUCAAAAGCUACCCAUACGCCAAGGCCUACGUCCAAGUCUACCCAUACGCCAAGGCCUACGUCCAAGUCUACCCAUACUCCUAGGCCUACGUCAAAGGCUACCCAUACUCCAAGGCCUACGUCUACGUCUACUGCUAAGACGUCGCCUAUGCCGUCAACCAUCUGCCCAACGUUCCCGCCACUAACAACAAAACAACCUCCCAAGAUCCUGAACAACGUCCUCGUUUCCCUUGGAUGCAGUGGAAAGAAUGAUGUCGUGCUGCUGGUGGACAACUCGCACUCCGUCCAGGACGAGGACGCGCACCACUUCGAAAUGUUUGCCAGAGUGUUGUCAGCCACCUUAGAUAUUAGCCCGGAUAAGACCCGGAUGGGCUACACGUAUUUUGGUCAAAAUAUCUCGGACCUUAUCAAUUUGAACCUUGGUGGUAACCAGAAAUAUCUCUACUAUCGUCUUGCUUACGCAGAAGCGAGAUAUGGUACUUCAGGUGGGAAAGCAUAUCUGGGGGCAGGACUUCGACACAUCGACAGAGUCGCGUUUUCGCCAAGAAACGAAAGGCAAGGCGCAAAGAAGUACCUUGUGAUACUGACGAAAGAUGACUUACAUGACAUGCAGACUGCAUUGUCAGAAGCUACUGCAUUGAAGAACAGAGGAGUGGAGAUAAUCUUCAUUGGAAUUGGGGAUUUUAAAGGUUUGACUGGAGACCUGGAAAAGAUAGUGACGAGUCCACACAAAUCUCACAUGAUAAUUGACGAUUCCGUUGACGACCUUCAAUAUUCCCUGGAGGAUAUCUUCGUGAGUCGUUGCCGAGGUCUUACACCAACCGUGGCUCCAGAUCCAUGUGGCGGGCCCAAGCUUCUCAACUACCUUGGUUGUGGAGCCAAAGAGGACAUCGUACUGAUCCUAGACCAUUCCAGCAGUAUCAGUGUUUCUGACUGGAAGAAGAUGGUGGAGUUUACUCACAAGUUGGUGGACAACUUCAACGUGUCCCACGACGCAUCAGACAUCGGCGUGAUGACCUUCAACGACCAGCUAACGGAUAUCGUCCACCUCCACGCCUUCAGGAACAAAGCCAGUCUAUUGCAUACUAUAGAUACAAGGUUAAAUAUGGUUCACGUAACUGGAAACACUUUCACCCAUCUGGCUUUGAACCAAACUCUCCACUGGUUUCGUGGCGACCGGAGACAUGACGCUGUAAAGGUUGCAAUCAUCUUCACUGAUGGCGGUUCUAACAGGAAGUUUGAAACGUUCUCCACUGCCCUGGAUCUCCAUCAUAACAACGUCACCGUGUUUGUUGUGGGCAUCGGCGGGGAGAUUGACCUUUACGAGCAGAUGAUACUGGCCUCUGACCCGGAUGCAGAACAUAUGCUGAACGUGGGGGGUUACCAUAACCUGAUUACCUACCUCGACUAUCUGCUGGCUGUCAGAUGUAGAGAUAUGGCCAUGUCUUCAACAACUGUCAGUCCAUCCACAACUAUCAAACGACACUGACGAAUUAUCAAGAUAGCUUUGAAGAUCAGUGACCUACUGUGAAAUGGCAUGACUUGAAUAAAAACAUUCCUUGGAA